GGAAGCCGGACCUCGGCUGCUCGGCGGCCGCGUCGCCUCAAGGAGCCCGGCGGGAUGGAGCAGCGGGUGCGGCUGGGCGCGCUGCUGUGCGUCGCGGCGCUGCUGGGCUGCGGCCUGGCCGCCACCGAUGAAGAUGGAAGUCAGGAUGAGCCGUUGGAAUCAAAGACUUCCUUAUCUUCAGAAGAACAAGUGAAGGACCACUCCACUGGAACCCCAGUGGUAGCUGGGCAGAUUUUCCUUGAGUCAGAAGAAUCUGACUUUCAUACUGAAGAUGAAGAGAGCAUUAAGAAUCAAGAGGAGGAGAAAGAAAGCACCUUGGAAGAGUUAAAAUCUUUAGAAAUGUCAAACCUAUUAAACAAGGACCUGGAAGACAUAGAAGUGCAGAAACCAGUUUUGACAGCCAUUGGAGGCACUGCCGAUGGUGAGCCCUGCCACUUCCCCUUCCUGUUCCUAGAGAAGGAGUAUGCAGAAUGUACUGCAGAUGGAAGAGAAGAUGGCAGGCUUUGGUGUGCAACAACCUAUGACUACAAGAGAGAUCAAAAAUGGGGCUUCUGUGAAACGGAGGAGCAGUCUAAUAAGAGAAGACAAAUGCAGGAAGCAGAAGAUGUUUACCAGACUGGGAUGAAAAUUCUUAAUGAGAGCAGUAAAAAGGCACAGAAGAAAGAAGCAUAUCAAUAUCUUCUGAAAGCAGCUGACAUGAACCAUACCAAGGCUAUGGAGAAAGUGUCUUAUGCAUUACUGUUUGGGGAUUACCUGAAGCAAAACAUCCAUUCAGCUAAAGAACUAUUUGAGAAGCUGACAGAGGAGGGGUCUCCUAAAGGACAAAUGGCUCUUGGAUUUCUUUAUGCAUCUGGUCUAGGUGUCAAUUCCAGUCAAGCUAAGGCCCUUGUUUACUACACUUUUGGAGCUCUCGGAGGAAAUCUGAUAGCACACAUGAUUUUAGGUUACCGAUACUGGGCUGGGAUAGGAGUCCUUCAGAGCUGUGAAUCUGCUCUCACUCACUAUCGACUUGUAGCUAAUCAUGUUGCUAGUGAUAUAUCUCUGACUGGAGGCACGGUGGUACAGAGAAUUCGUCUAGCAGACGAAGUAGAAAAUCCAGGAAUGGCCAGUGGGAUGCUGGAGGAAGAUUUGAUUCAAUAUUACCAGUUUCUAGCAGAGAAAGGAGAUGUACAAGCACAGGUUGGCCUUGGGCAGUUACACUUACAUGGAGGAAGAGGAGUAGAGCAAAAUCACCAGAGAGCAUUUGAAUACUUCAAUCAAGCAGCUAAUGCUGGUAAUUCUCACGCUAUGGCCUUCCUAGGAAAGAUGUAUUCAGAAGGAAGUGAUGUUGUACCUCAGAGCAAUGAGACUGCUCUUCAGUAUUUCAAGAAAGCUGCAGAUAUGGGUAAUCCAGUUGGGCAGAGUGGACUAGGAAUGGCUUAUCUAUAUGGAAGAGGAGUUCCAGUGAACUAUGAACUGGCACUGAAAUAUUUCCAGAAAGCUGCAGAACAGGGAUGGGUGGACGGACAGCUGCAGCUGGGCUCCAUGUAUUACAAUGGGAUUGGAGUCAAGAGAGACUAUAAACAGGCUUUGAAAUACUUUAACUUGGCCUCCCAAGGUGGUCACAUUCUGGCUUUUUAUAAUUUAGCACAAAUGCAUGCUACUGGCACUGGAGUGAUGCGAUCCUGUCAUACUGCUGUUGAAUUAUUUAAGAAUGUAUGUGAACGAGGGCGUUGGUCUGAGCGGCUCAUGACUGCCUACAAUAGCUAUAAAGAUGGUGAUUCAAAUUCUGCUGUGGUUCAGUAUCUCCUAUUGGCAGAACAAGGCUACGAAGUGGCACAAAGCAAUGCUGCCUUCAUACUUGAUCAGAAAGAGGCCAGCAUAGUUGGAGAGAAUGAAACUUACCCUCGAGCCUUGCUUCAUUGGAAUAGAGCAGCCUCCCAAGGUUACACUGUUGCAAGAAUUAAACUUGGCGAUUACCACUUCUAUGGCUUUGGUACAGAUGUUGAUUAUGAAACUGCAUUCAUUCACUACCGACUGGCAUCAGAGCAACAACAUAGUGCCCAAGCCAUGUUUAACCUGGGGUACAUGCAUGAAAAAGGACUGGGUAUUAAACAGGAUAUUCACCUUGCAAAACGCUUCUAUGACAUGGCAGCUGAAGCAAGCCCAGAUGCACAAGUUCCUGUCUUCCUAGCACUCUGCAAGCUUGGGGUUAUUUAUUCCUUGCAGUAUAUACGAGAAAUUAAUAUCAGAGAGAUAUUUUCACAUGUUGACAUGGAUCAGCUGCUGGGACCAGAAUGGGACCUUUAUCUUAUGACUAUCAUCGCUUUGCUUCUGGGAACAGUUAUAGCUUACAGACAGAGGCAACAUCAAGCAAUCCCAAGACCAGCAGGGCUGCGACAAGCUGUGCCUCAACAAGAACCUCCACCAGAACACCAGCCCCCACAAUAGCAACAGGAGCCUCAAUGAAAAGAACUGGAUUCUCCAGCAAACUGUUUUCAUUGUGAUUUAGACAUCAGCUCAAUGGUCCCUUCCCCCAGAGUGGCGUGAAGAAGCAUAAAAAUCUGAAAGCUGCUUAGGAUGAUGCCUUUUUUCAGGGAUAAGAGACGUUUUUUUUCCAAGACUGAUUUGAAUGUUGUUUCAGUGCCAAUGGAAUAACACAAUGGCUUUUUUGUGAAACACAAUUGUGCAACUACAAAAGUGAUGCCUGCUGUAUCCAGUUUCUCUUUAUUUAAAGUCCUUUUUCAAUAUCUUCUAAAGUAUGCUGAAGACCUGGUCUGGGAGGACUGUGCAUGUUUUCCAAUAGGAGCUGGCCUGUGUAGAAAGAAAACUAUUAACCCAAACUUAAGUUUGAAACAGGCGAACUCUCUUGCCCUUUUAAGUAAAAAAAAAAAAAAAAAAAAAAAAAAAAAAAGAGAGAGAGAAAAAAGUAGCUCUAGAGCUACAAUGAUAAUUUAUUUUCCUGAUCUGCAUCCCAAGUAUUUUACAGCCUGUGUUUUCAUCAUUUCUUAGUAGUAGUUUUCACACUUCAUAAUCUCUUAAUCAAUUUUGGAUGGUUUAACCUGGAUUCUGCAUUCAGAAGAAACAGAUAAAAGCAGAAAACAGAUCAACAAAUGUUGGGUGAACUUACCUCUGACUUUCCUUAGAGCCUACAUUUUUCCUAAUGGUCAGUAUAUAGCACAGAGGGUGGAUAGGGUAGAUUGCAGAUGUAAAAUAAAAGUGUGACUUAACAUUCUAUGCAAGAUCCAAAAUUCAGACUUUUUUUUUAGAAAGUUUGCAUAUUUUCUUAGAACCUGUGGGUGAUGUGACAUUUCUGGACAUGAGCAAAGGACACCUUUUUUAAUUUUGCCAAUAGUCAGCAGAGGGGCUAACUUAUAGAAUGCAGAAAGAAACAGUAUUAGAGAGGACACCGAAGGAGGGACAAAGCCAUAAGUCUUCUCACUGAGUUAUGUAGCUAGAUUAUAAUUUAUCCAGUUUUUCUUUAAGUAAAGGGUGGGGCUGUUGCUUUUAUCUUGUUUCCCAGUGUCAGUGUUCCCAAAAGCAAACAAAAGAAAUGACCUAUAUCCUACAAGUCAUGAAUUAAGUCUACAUAUGUCACUACACAUUGGACGGGCAGAUUCUUUGGUGUAUCUGUCUACUUGUACAGCUGGGCAAGGAAUCAAACCAGCUCAUACUACUGGAGCUGGAUUUAUGCCAGUGCUGCAGCUGCUUAAUCAGGGUAGUGUACAAGAAUCACAGUGCUCUGGCAGCCCUGCCCUAACCUGCAGUGAUGUCACCAGAUGUCCAGAAUGACAUUAUAGUUAUGCUACCAUAAGCACUCUCUCUCAAUGAGACAAUCCAGGGGGGUGGGAAUGGGAGGUGUCAUGGUUUAUUUCUCCUUGAUGUUACAAGAGCAGUGAGUGCAAAGGGACCAUGUGGGGAGAGUGAAUCCAAUCUCUGGACUCUUGUUUUUACUUUACAAGAUAAUUCUUGAUGGAAAUUAAAUACACAGAGUAAAUGCAGGAGUAUAGUUUUUGUCUCAAUGGCAAAUCAAUGUAUUUUCUAUUGUACCACUACACCCUGAAUAUACACAAUGUUUGCAACAGAAUGAAAUCUGAAGUGGAAGUCUGACACUUCCUGUAGAUCACACAUUAUUUGGGUGUUAACAGCAUCCUUUAUACAAAGGUGUAGGUUGUUGUUCAUCAGCCUCCUGGAUACGAAAAAAAUCAUGGACUAAAUAUAGACAUUGGAUUUAUGACACAUUAUAACCUGCAUGACAUAUGACUACCCAGAUAUCUCUCCACUUUCAACCCCCUUCUUCCCCACCCCUGCCCCCCGCUCCAGCCUCUCUCUCACCCAUUGACUUCUCAGUCUAUAUUUUCACUGACUACCUGUCUUGUAUGCAUACCAGCACCAGCUGGUAUGCAUACCAGCACAGCCUCUGGCUUCUUUACUUUUCAUUCCAUCCAGGAAGAGCACACACCAGCUGCUGAAACUUCCAUAGCCUGACAAAGGGUUUUUUAACCGGAAAGCUUGCUUAAUAACUGUUUUCCAACUAUUUAAGUUGGUCUAAUAAAAGAUAUCGGAUUCACCCAAAGAACCUUGUCUCCUUUAUACAAGUGAUUUUUCAGUGGAUUGGCACCAGCCUGUAACAAACAGCUUCAAAACUGUGAGAUUCUGUAUAUUUUUGUACUUAAUGUAUUAUAUUGAGAUGAUUUGAGGAAGGUCUUAUUGCAGUUUGGGAGAAGGGCUAAAAAAAAAUCCCUUUUCAGAAGCUGAAAUUGUAUGGCUGGCUGUAGUAUUAUUGAGUGCAACAAAAACUUUUAAAUUCUUCUGAGAGCUUAUCUACAAAAUGCAGUUACUGAAUACAUGGAAUCAGAAUCUUUAUAUCUGGUUCUGAAAGAAUUUACAUUAUUUAGAGGAGGGAAAUCUUGUUUCAACUCUAAUAUGAGAGGAAACUAUUAAACUUAUGUAUUGUGCACGGCUAAAUGUAUAGCAAUCCUUAACUGCAUUAUUUUUCUCUUAAAAUGUCAUUGACAUUCUUAAGCUUUUUCCCCUGCUGCAUUUUACAUCUUUCAUUUUUUAGGGUUGUUACAAUGAUAGUCCAGGAGAUAUGUAAAGGGCAAGAAUUCUUGUGUGUGAAAUUUAUUUAUUGGACCAACUAUAUGGUUGUUAUAGACAUAGGGAAGUUUUUGGGGAUCAUAGUACCCUUCCUUAGGCCUAAGGUAAGGUACUGCGAUACCUGAAAGCUUGCUUAUGUCUACACCAACCAUGUAGUUGGGUCAGUAAAAAGAGAUCACCACCAAGAAUUCUUGCUUCUUAUUUUCUAGAUCACUUUAGUUCAGCAUAAAGACAUAAAAAGCUACCAGGAAAACAGUUCCAAUUAACCACUGCUAAAUACAGACUUUCCAAUUUAACAACUACUAAAUUUGUAUUAAAUGCUUGUAUUUUAGGUUUUGGAACAAUUCUACCAUUUUUGCUAUAUUUUACUUUAAGUUUGAAUUUUUUGCAUGUUUGAAUAAUUUUUGAUGGCUAAGCUGUAUGUUUUGGGGAAUUUAUCCCCACCAAAUGGUUUAGCAGUGCUCUUUUAUAGAUGACUUUGCACAGAAUGGAAACAUUUCACAAGAAACCAGUGAAAGAAAAUGAGCAAACAUUGCUUGAACUCUUCGUUUUAAAGAACUGCCUUUUCAGAAAUAUAAAAAAGUAAUAUGGAAAACUUCUUCCCAUUAGUGUAGAACAAAACAAUCUGUUCUUUUGGCAAUAAAUUAAUAGUAAUAGAGAUAAUUUAACAUAAAUAACAUCAAAUUAACUCAAGAAUUAAAGAAAUAAAGUACAUUUUUCUAGAUCAGUUGCCAGAAUGUUUCAGGUUUUUUUCUGAUACAUCCUUGUUCUCUUCCAGAAUUUGCAGUGUAGUUUUUCCCUCUUAAAUAACAUCAGUACUGGCAAUAGUGAGUACUUGCAUGUUGUGCAUAAUUUACCAACCAACUCUCCCAGUUUCCUUACAGAACUGGGAGUUGCUUUUUAACUUUUCUACUAGGAUUUGUUUUUAUAGAACAUCUUUAGUGGUGCAUCUUGUCUAUCUGUAUGUGCAGCAAUGAUUUAAAAGUGGGGUUAGACUUGAAACAUUAUUCAGAAUUUUUAGUGAUAUUGAAUUUUUAUUCAGAUAGUUUUUCUGAUUCAGUGAAGUUUUAUAUUGCUGAAGUUGAGUCUGCACUGGCCUUUUUGAAAGGCUAAAGUGGGAGUUCCAAUUUGAAAAUUCAAACAGGAAACUUUGGUAAUGUCAUUCAGAAAUAAGUAGCAACCCACAGUUGUACUGACACUAUACAUGCUGCUCAACUUAGUUUUCCCCAGCUUUCUUGUCCCUCAUUCUUUAUUCUGGAAAUUUUGAGGUUUCUGAAUGUGAGCAAUUUAUACCCCCAGCUGCAGUAUUUUAGGGUAAAAUUCACAUCUUCAAACCUUCCCAUUCUCUACUUUGCAUUUGGAGAGCAGAAUGACUAAACAUCUUAUGGCUGUCAAUGGAAGUUCAAAUAUGGAAAGAUGAGAGAAAAAUAAAGCUGAAGGUCUGAGGGGAAUUUUUUUGUUUUAGAAAUCACUAAUCCAAUGAAUGUAUAAACCUUUGUUUUUUGUAAUUUAAAAAGAUAACACUUUACAGAAUCCUGAACUCUCAAGUUGAUAUUCUGCCUUCUCCCAGUAAGGUUUUUCCCAAAAUGUACUUACAUCAGUGGUUUCACCCAAUAACUAAUGGUUUAAAGUGAGGAGUAAAGUAGUAGAAGGAAUGAACUUUCAUAUAAAUGCCCUUUAUUGAGACUUUAAAAAUACAGAAACUGAAAGUGAAAAUAGUGUGGCCUUUAAAAAAGUUUUCCCUGAGACAUCAGUUGCUCUGUGGAUAAACUCACAAAAGUAGACUAUAUCAAAUGCAUGUCCUGUUUCAUCAUGAAAAGUACAUGCAAGUGUGUGUUGUAAGAGGAUUUAAAAAUAUGUACCAAUACUUUUUCCACAAAUCAUACAAGUUAGCUUUAACACAUGAAGAGGCUGUUACAGGGAAAGAAGCUCAUGUUCACCAAUUGCUUCUAUUUCAGAUGAACCAUAAAUUGAAAUUAUAUUUGUUUUCAAAUAUAUUUGAAAUUAUUUGUUUUUUAACAAUGCACAAACAAGAAAGUUUAAUAUGAUUUUGAGAAUUACUACAAAAGCAUAAGCAGGCAGGGGCUGUUGGGGGAAGCCCAUUUUGAUUUUUAUCAGCUGCAGUUAAAGAGGGUAUUGUAGGAAUUUUUGUAAAUUUAUUUUGUAUUUAAGGAAAUUCAAUAUAAAGGCUGGCAAAGUGUAAUAUAAUUGUGUAAACAAAUCCUGUUAAUAGAAAGAUGUACAGAUUCAUUUUGUACUGUAUCUUUAAUCUUGUGAAAUAAAGACACCACCUCUAUGGUUAAAAAAUUUUAA